AUGACAAAGAUUAGUUUUAAUGUAGGAACUAUUGGUCACGUUGAUCAUGGUAAAACUACUUUAACUGCUGCUAUUACAAAAGUUAUGGCAAGUGGAGUUUUUCCUGGUGGAAGUUCUAAAUUUAAGGCAUAUUCGGAUAUUGAUAAAACUCCUGAAGAACGUGAGAGAGGAAUUACAAUCUCUGCAACUCAUGUUAAUUAUGAAACAGAAGCAAGAAGUUAUUCCCAUGUAGACUGUCCAGGUCAUGCUGAUUACAUUAAAAAUAUGAUUACAGGAGCAGCUCAGAUGGAUUGUGCUAUCUUAGUAUGUUCUGCAAGGGAUGGGGUAAUGCCUCAAACUCGUGAGCACUUAUUAUUGGCUCGUCAGGUUGAUGUACAAAAUAUUAUUAUCUUUAUUAAUAAAGUUGAUAUGUUGGAUCCUUCUGAAAGAGAAGAAAUGUUAGAAUUAGUGAAAGAAGAAGUUAUUGAAGCUGCUGAAAAACAAGGUUACAAGAGAGAAAAUAUUCCUGUUAUUUGUGGUUCUGCUCUUUGUGCAUUGGAUGAUUCUAAUAAAGAAUUAGGUGAACAAGCAAUUGUUGAGUUAGUUAAUGCUUUAGAUAAUGUUCCUUUGCCUGUUCGUGAUACUGAGGGUACUUUUGAAAUGUAUAUUGAAGAUGUAUUUUCAGUUCCUGGUCGUGGAACAGUAGUAACUGGUCUUAUUACCUCUGGUAUAAUAAAAGUUGGUGAUCCAGUAGAAAUUGUUGGAUUAGGUGAAAUAAUUAAGUCUACAUGUACUGGAGUAGAGAAAUUUAAUUCUAAUAUAGGUACUGGUCAAGCAGGAGAUAAUGUUGGAUUGUUACUUCGUGGUGUUGCAGCCAAGGAUGUUUGUCGUGGUAAAUGUGUAUGUAAACCUGGAACUGUUACCCCUCAUGGUAAAUUUAGAGCUGAGAUUUAUGUUCUAACAGCUGAUGAAGGUGGUAGACACAAACCAUUUAGUCAAAAUUAUCAGCCUCAGUUCUACAUUCGUACAGCAAAUGUAACUGGUAAGAUUUGUGAGAUUCAAGGUUCUGAAAUUGUUCUUCCUGGUGAUAAAGUUUUCAUCACUGUUGAGUUGGAUAAGACUAAGAAAAUUGGUAUGAAAGAGAACUUGCGUUUUGCUAUUCGUGAGGGUGGUAAGACAAUUGGUGCUGGAUUUAUUCGUGAGAUUUUGGAUUGA